UUGAUACUCUGAUGACAUGCGUACAGCCGGCACGCAAAACCACUCCGACAGUCGUUCUGUAGAGGUCUUUCGAUUGUGUUCGUUAGUUGAGUUCAGUGAGUGCAUAAACGACAUCCGUGAUCAAGUCCGUAUUCAAGUGGCGGCGGCUUAGGCGACAUAAACAUGGAUCAACGAGAAUAUCGUGAUUUGAUUAACCGCGCUGUAGCACAAGAAAACAUGUGCCAUAGUGUUAGAAAAAAAAAUCAUGACGCAUUCGUACAAGCCCUUAUCAAAGGAGCCGACGUAAAUAUAAGAACAAAAAAACAAGAAACUAUGAGCUCUACCUUCGAAGAUUGUUUAACAAUGAAAGGAAUGGCGAAAUUUAUCGAGGCGUGUCUUGAGCAUGGCGCUCACGUAGCAAAUUUCAAUCCAAUCACCAACAAGUACCCCAUUCAUCUGGCAGCCGAAACCUGUGAUGUUCAUAACCUACAAGAGCUGGUCAAAAGCCACCUCUUACUAAUCGAUCAAAAGUUUAACGGAUGUACCGCAUUAUUUAUGCUGUUUGAGAUGCUGACAACAGAAAGCUGGGAGAAUGUUUUCGAAUGCAUUAAGGUGUUGCUGGAACAAGGAGCUGAUAUUAACACAACCGGCACGGAUGAAAAAUCGCCCAUUUCGAUUCUCGUGUCUGGAAUUGAUAGCUGGCGAAAAACCAUUCUAGAGUACUGUCUCACACACUAUUACGUCGAUGUGGAUGUCAGAAUGUCAACUACCAACAGCGAAUUGAUACGGAACGCCAUCCAAAAUCAUUUCCCUGAUGUUACGAUUCCUGUGACAAUGGUGGAAUCGGAAUUUACAAUAUCACUGCUGGAAACAAUAUUAAUUAAUGACUCUGAGAUAGUCUUUCUUGAAGCCUGUCGGCUGUUUAAAGCAAACAAGUCAUCACCCAACUCGGAUAAUAAUCAUGAGACCCCUAGUAACGUACUUGUUAUACCAGAUGAGGAUUUAGAGAAUUUGCUAUUUAAGGCAGUCUUGAAAAACAGGCUGAAGGCUAUCGCUUUGCUACUGGAACCCUCCUGGAAGAAGGGACAGUUAUUCGAUGCUGAUUGGAUAGUUAAGCCGCUUUCGUGGGUGCUACAUACGUGCUGUGACUUUGGAAACGUGAAAGUGCUAGAGUGGUGUCUUAACUCUACCUCGAAGCCUGUAACUGGAACGAUGUACCAAGAUAACCUCCUAUCCUCUAUUGACGAUGAAUUAUGUUCCCAAGGAUACAGUACUAUGCUUUCGCAGCUGAUACAGCAGAUCGAUCCGGCCGUAGACAUGAACGUUUGUCCUUUUUUCCAAUGCAUGAAGCUGUUGCUGCGGGACGGGCGAAUGGAUAUCGAUAAAAAGAGUGGAUUUUUGCAAACUACAGCACUACAUUGUGCUGCUAAUUACAAGGUAGUUCAUGCUCAAGAGCUACUUCUUUCCAAAGGGGCCACACUACGCGCAACGAACUUGUUCAACCAAAUAUUGAUUAGUGCAAUAGACCCAAAUGUACUGGAAAAAUAUCUGGAUUCUUGUGUGUCUUCUCGCUUUCAGAGUCAUACAGACAACAAAUAUUACAUGCAGAUGGAUUUAUCAAACAUUGUGAGGCAGCCAAUGCAAAAGUCCAAAACAAAGAGUGCGUCGAACAAUUUACCUCAAACGCCAUCCCAGAAGGCCGAAAGAUACGAUGAAUUGUUGCUAAUUUUAAAUUUAGCACAAUCAUCGGACAAAAAACAUCUUUUACAACAUCCACUGAUAUAUAUUAUUUUGAUGCAGAAGUGGCUCAGACUACGAAUAUUCUACUACACCAAUCUAUCGCUAUGCGCAGCAUUUUCCCUUUUAUUUAUCCUCUACGCGACGAUGUUCUACGUAUGUGAUAAUACGCCAAAUUUUUGGUAUUCUGCAACAUAUGCAUCGUUGAUUAUAUUACUCACUUUUAUGGGAAUGAGAGAACUGUUUCAGUGUUGUCUUAAUGUGGGAGAGUACAUGCGAUCCGUGGAAAAUUAUGUGGAAAUCUCUUUAAUUGUUGGUGCCACCUACGUAUUGUAUUUGGACUAUCAAAACGAAAAAGAGACUGAAGUUCCUGCGUUAAUUGUUAUACUACCGGCCCUCAAUCUAACUCUGCUAGUAGGAUCACUUCCCAUGCUAUCUUUAUCAACUCAUAUGGUUAUGCUGAAAACGGUUUCCAAAAAUUUCCUUCAAUGCUUUUUGCUAUACGCGAUCAUUUUGGUAACGUUUGCGGCCAGCUUCUACACUUUGACUCGAGGAAGUAAUGCAAGAAGCAAUAUAACACAGAGCAAUGAGCUUCUGAGGACUUUCACCGAGAUGCCAGACCUUGAUGAUGGCGAGAAUUUAACUCAAACCCUAAUUUCUUUUAAAAAAUCAAUAGAUAUGCUAAACAAAAAAAUACAGAGCAAUAAUGACGAGGAGGCGUCGUUCGAUAAGUUCGAGAAUUUUCCUCUUUCGGUUGUAAAGAUAAUUGCUAUGCAAAUCGGAGAAAUGAACAUAUCAGACAUUCCACUUGACGGCGCUAUACCAUACAUCAUACUUUUGAUAUUUAUGUUUUUCGUUCCGAUUGUUCUUUCGAACCUGAUCAAUGGUCUUGCAAUCAGUGAUAUAGCGGCAAUCAAAGACGAAUCGGAAAUAAUCGGUCUCGUACAACGUGUGUCUGUAAUCCACAAGUUCGAAACCGCACUGGAGAAAAUUGCUCGAUAUAUUCCUCAAAGUUUUAGAGAUCCAGGACAAUGGAUGGUGCGUUUUUGGAACGGAUUUAUCGGUUUUUCUCAAAUGGAUGUAAAUCCCUAUAUUUACGCCUGGUGGAAGACAAGCAAAUCAGCUGAGCCUCUCAAAUAUGCGGUAUGGUUAUUGAUAUCGAAAAGUACCAAUGCUACUGAAGUUAGAGACAAUGAAAAGGGGUCGUUCGGAAAAGAAUUUGCUUCUGAUGAGUUCCUUAAAAACUUCCAUCAGAUUCGCUUGGACAUAGACGACAGAACUGUAAAAUAUAUGCUAACCAACUAUACAAGCGCAUCUCCAAACCGUUGACAACUCUCUGUUGUGUCUUUCGUGAAUUAGUCUUGUUAAUUCAAGAUAAAAAUGCACAAGAACAUUAGCAACAACAAACGAGCAGUCGAAGACGCUCGAUAGCUCCCCAUUCUCUUAACAACAAAAUGUAUAACUAAUUAGUUAUACAUUUAAAAAAAGAAAAAGCUUACGCUAAAAAGAAAGACCUUACAUUGAAAAAUACA